AUGUCGCAAAAAUCAGUUAAAGGAUGGGUGAUUGCUGAUAUGUUAGCAGACUAUCCUAAAGGAGUACGCAAGGAUAAUCCCCCGGACGAUCGAAUAUCCGCGGUAGAAGAAGACACAUGGACUAUGUUCUUCGACGGAGCUGUAAAUUUGUCAGGCUCUGCCGAGUAUGAAGCAUGCAUCCUCGGCCUGCAAGCGGCUAUUGAAAUGGGAGUGACAAAGCUAAAGGUGUUCGGCGAUUCUACCUUAAUAAUCCUCCAGACAUUGGGCGAAUGGAAGACAAAAGACGCCAAACUUGUGCCUUAUCAUGGUUACUUAGAAAAAUUGGCGAGAAAAUUCCAAGACAUCUCGUUUGAAUACCUACCUAGAAUUCAUAAUCAGUUCGCUGAUGCAUUAGCAACGCUAUCAUCCAUGUUGCAAGCAACGAAAAGGUUAGAAGUAGAGCCUUUAAAAAUUGAAGUCCUGGCAAGACAGGCCUACUGCAUGGCUAUUACUGAAGAACUCGAUGGGAAACCCUGGUAUUACGAUAUCAUGAAAUACGUCCAAAAGCAAGAGUUCCUUGAACAAAGCACUCCCUCUGAUCGAAAAUACCUAAUGAAAAUGGCUUCAAAGUUUUUCGUCAGCGGUGAAAAUCUGUACAAAAGAUCAUAUGACUCAGUCCUGCUAAGAUGUGUGGAUGCAGCUGAAGCCACACGAAUAAUGCAAGAAAUACAUGAGGGAGUAUGUGGCCCUCACAUGAAUGGAUGUAUGUUGGCCAAGAAGAUAAUGAGACUGGGUUAUUACUGGCUCCCCUUAGAAUGA